AUGUUACGGGAACAGGACACUAUUGUGCAAGCCAUCCUGAAUGGAGAUGUGACUACGGUUCAAGCUAUGGCUAAAAACAAUGCGAAUAACAUACUGUGGCCUGACAAGUAUGGAUGGAUCCCGCUGCACGAGGCUGCAUAUUAUGGCCAAGACCAGUGUGUCAGGGUUCUUCUUGGGGCUCUACCUAGUAUGAUUAACAAGUGUGACCUGAAAGGCCAGACUGCUCUCAUCUUGGCGGUGUACAGGGAAAAGGUGGCCUGUGUAGAGAUGCUUCUGGAGAAGGGGGCUGACCCAGACCUCGCCAACAAGGACAGAGAGACCCCACUCUACAAAGCUUGUGAAAGUGGUAAUGCUGAGAUUGUGGUCAUGCUUCUGAAUCACGGUGCUGUGGUGAACAAACACUGCAUUCAGGGCUGUACAGCUCUCCAGGAGGCUGUGAGCCGCAACAACGUGGAGAUCUGUGAGAUCUUGGUCCAGGCCGGGGCGAAGCUCAGCCCAACCAACAUGUACGGUAUCGCGCCCCUCUUUACUGCAGCCCAGAGUGGACACGAGGAAACACUUCGAUUUCUCAUUAAACACGGUGCUGACAUCAACAGUGAGGCAAGUGAUGGGGCCACCGCUCUGUAUGAAGCGGCUAAGAAUGGCCAUGAGGACAUUGUGGAGCUUCUUCUUUCUCAGGAUGCUGAUGCCAACAAAGCGGGCAAUAAAGGACUUCUGCCACUACAUAUUGCUGCCCAACGAGGAGCUGAUGGUAUCGUGUCAUUGCUGAUCAAAGUCACCAGCAAGUACAGAGUGAAUCGCAGUGGAGUCAGUCCCCUCCACCUGGCCGCCGAGUGCAACAGGGACGCAGUUGUGGAGGUCCUGAUUGAGGCCGGCUACAACGUCAACGCCAUGCUGUCAGAUGACCGCUCCAUGAUGUAUGAGGACCAUCGUAGCACGACUCUCUACUUCGCUGUCGCCAACGGCAACGUGGACGCAGCCACCAUGCUUCUAGAAGCCGGCGCCAUCCCAAACCUGGACACCUUCAACCCGCUACUGGUAGCAUUGAGGCAGGGUAGUAUCGAAUUGGUCACUUUGCUGGUGGAGCACGGUGCCAAUGUCAACGCCUACGUACCCACUCACCCCACCUCGUUCCCGGCCACCCUCAUAUUUGGUAUGAAGUACCUGUCCAUGCUGAAGUAUCUGAUGGACAAUGGCUGCGACGCCCUCUCCUGUUUUAGUUGCACUUAUGGCAGUGGUCCACACCCACCACAUCAGGAGACCUCUGAGAGGGAUGACUUGCACUACAAUACCAAUACACUCAGAAACACUGGGGAACCUGUUCAGUUCUGUGAGGUAAUCUUUACUCGCUGGGCAGGACCCAUCAUAGAUGUACUCUUGAAUUACGUUGGCCAUGUGAAACUCUGCUCCAGACUUACUGAGCACCUAGAUAGCUUGGAGGACUGGGAAGUCAUCAAGGAGAAAGCAACGCAAUCACGUCCACUGAUGCAGCUGUGCAGGCUGAAGAUUCGCCAGCAGGUUGGAAUCCACAGACUGAGGUGCAUCAAAAAACUGCCCCUCCCACCACGACUAAUCAAGUACCUCAACCACGAAGAGCGUAACCAAGAAAAUGUUUUGUGAAUAAUAGUGUGUGACAUUAUAGUCAAAGUAAGAGAUGAUGAGGGACUACAGCACAAAAUCUCUUGACAUAAUCAGUGUUUUUGGUGUGAAUCCUUUUACUCAAAUUUGAGCAGUAAUAUAGAGCAGUGCUU